AUCCAGGUGGAAGCAAAUCUGUAAGGGGCCCUGCCUCAGGCCUCAGUUUCCCCUCUGGGAUCUCAUUCUCUCCCCUACCGCAUUCCAACUUGCAUUAAGGAUGCCGGCGGUCCACACUGCAGCCUGGCGCUCCGGGGCGAUCGCGGCGGAGGAAGGGUCUGCGCUCGGCGCACGCUCCGUGCGGAGCCCCCGCUCCCCCUGCUCGGCGCCCCUGCCGCUCCCUGCGCUCCCCCUGCCCGCCUCUCCCCGGCCUCUCCUCUGCCUCCCGGCGUGCUCACCUUGCUCCUAGGCCGCCCUCCCCUUCCCUCACGCCUCCCCGCGCCCCACCUGCCGCCGCCUCCCCCUUCUCCUCCUCUUUGGGCCCCCGCCACCCCUGCCAGGCCCGGCGCCGCCGCCACCGCAGCGCGGCCGGUCAGUGCGCAACCCCGGCGCCCGCACGCCCGGAGCACGGAGCCCCAUCGCCGGCUCGGACCCAAGCCGACGCGACCACUACCGCCCCCAGCCAGGUGCCAUGCUGCCACUCCUGCUGGGCUUGCUGGGCCCGGCCACCUGCUGGGCCCUGGGCCCAGUCCCGGGCUCCUCCUCGGAGCUCCGUUCGGCCUUCUCAGCCGCUCGCACCACGCCACUGGAGGGCACGUCAGAGAUGGCGGUGACCUUCGACAAGGUGUAUGUAAACAUCGGUGGGGACUUCGACGCGGCCACGGGUCGCUUCCGCUGCCGCGUGCCGGGCGCCUACUUCUUCUCUUUCACGGCGGGCAAGGCUCCCCACAAGAGCCUGUCGGUGAUGCUGGUGCGUAACCGCGACGAGGUGCAGGCACUGGCCUUCGACGAGCAGCGGCGACCCGGCGCGCGGCGCGCAGCCAGCCAGAGCGCCAUGCUGCAGCUCGACUACGGCGACACGGUGUGGCUGCGGCUGCACGGGGCGCCGCAGUACGCGCUCGGGGCGCCCGGCGCCACCUUCAGCGGCUACCUGGUGUACGCCGACGCCGAUGCCAACGACGCCGCCGCCGCGCCUGCCGCAGCCGCAUUGUCGGAGCCGCGCUCGGCCUUCUCGGCAGCGCGCACGCGCAGCCUGGUGGGCUCGGACAGGAGUCCCGGACCGCGCCACCGGCCGCUGGCCUUUGACACCGAACUGGUCAACAUCGGCGGCGACUUCGACGCGGCGGCCGGUGUGUUCCGCUGCCGCCUGCCCGGCGCCUACUUCUUCUCUUUCACACUGGGCAAGCUGCCUCGCAAGACGCUGUCGGUGAAGCUCAUGAAGAACCGCGACGAGGUGCAGGCCAUGAUUUACGACGACGGCGCGUCGCGGCGCAGGGAGAUGCAGAGCCAGAGCGUGAUGCUGCCUCUGCGGCGCGGCGACGCCGUCUGGCUGCUCAGCCACGACCACGACGGCUAUGGCGCUUACAGCAACCACGGCAAGUACAUCACCUUCUCUGGCUUCCUGGUGUACCCUGACCUCGUUCCCGAUGGCACGCCGGGCUUGGCAGCCCCGGAGCUGUGAGCCCAGCCAGGCUACCGGCAGAGAAGCCCCCCUCGGAGGACCGGGGGUCGA